GAACCUGACCGACCUCGAACUAUAUCUCCUUGCUGACAAUAUGGAUCCAUCAGAUUUCAGGAAGGUCGGGCUAGCUUUGGGAUUCACUGAGGCUGAACUAAGUCGGUUUGAGAAAGAUCAGAUGGGCAACACUCUGUAUGCUACCUAUAAGAUGCUUUACGAAUGGCGGAAGAGAGUACGUGAAAGCGAGGCGAGGGAGACGUUGGUGGUCACGUUGCAACGAAUUAAGCUGGUACAGCUUGCUGAUAGCGUGCAUAAAGGUCAGGUUGGUGAUCACAUACCGUCCAUGACAGAGGAGGAAAUCCAACGGGUUGCUGAAGAGGUCAAACACUAUUUUGCAAUUCAUCUAUGCCAGAUUCAAGCCGAUCCACUGAACAAUGAACUUGUACUUGAAUUUAAACGUAUCUUCACCAAUCUAACGUUGAUGGAAGAAGACAAAGGUACAAAUCUCAAGACACCGCUUCUCUACGACAACCUCCUCAGGACCAAAGUCAACGGAACCUAUCCCAAACGCUUGCUGGUAGAAGGUGAAGGGGGUGUAGGAAAGACCACUUUUUGCGCCAAGAUCGCUUGGGAUUGGAUCAACGGAAAAGGAUACCAAGAUUUCAAACUGGUUCUUGUCAUCCUACUUCGUAAGGCAGAGGCCAGAACUGUUGGAGAGAUAGUGAAGUCGUAUCUUCCAGAAGACAAUCCGGUUACAGCCAAACAGCUAGACAAGCACAUCCUCUCGAAUCCGAAAGACGUCUUUCUUGUCCUGGACGGCCUAGAUGAGUUUGCUGUCGACCUUGACAGCAAUCAGCAAAUCGCCCUGAUCACUCUCAAUCGUCUGUUCAAGUCAGGGACAGUACUAAUCACAUCGAGACAAUGGAGAUCAGAUGAGAUUAGGAAGAAUGCCGAUCUCAGAAAGGUGUUUGCUUUCAUUGCUGUGGAAGGUUUCUCUGCUGAAAACCUCUCUUCUUACAUCACCAAGUUCUUUCAUCCAGACGCAGCUUCCUCUGAAGAUCUGAGCCAAUUCAUAUCAAACAACGAUGUGAUCAGAGAGAACAUGGCCCCAUACCCUAUAUACACAGCCAUGCUGUGUAUCAUGUGGAAAGAGUUUGAUGGAGAGCGUCGAGAGGCAAUGUCCAAGCUGCAAACAUUUUCCCAGCUCUUCAAUCAGAUGAUUGACUUUUUAGUUGAUCAUUACCUAUCAAAGCACAUUCCAUCUUCAGGUAUUGUUGGAGGCAAAUUAAGUGAACAUUGUUCAGAUAUUCGUCAUCACCUGAUUCACAUCGGCCGCAUUGCCUUCCAGGGACUUCUCGAGCGACGGUUAGUAUUCACAGAAGAAGAGUUUCAGAGCUAUCCAGUGUCCAUCGAUGUAGGUUGCAAAGUUGGUGUACUCACCAGAGAGAAGAAAAUUCUUCCGAGGCGAGAGAGAAGAAAUACUCCGACUUCAUUAGUCCAAUCAGUGCAGUUUCCCCAUAAGCUCUUCCAGGAGUAUCUAUCAGGAAUGUAUCUUGCAUCUCUUAACAAGUCAAACCGUAAUGAGUAUGACAGGUUGAUAGCGAAUAUCAUACCCCGCGCAGUGGAAUACCGCUACCUACUGUACUUCACCUCGGCCCAGCAGAAGGAGGUCGGCUUGGAUAUCGUAUCUCGUCUCAUGUCGUCGAAAAGAGAGAGCCCAUUGGGCCAUAUUGAUGAUGACUUCAUCGUAGACGUAGCAUAUGAGAGCCAAGACCAAGCAGUGGCCAAAGCAGUGGCGGAUCAUCUAUCGACUGCGUCCAGAAAGACACUGAGGAUCACCAAGGAGAUGCAGGCACACACAGUAUCAGGGCAUAUUUUCAUCAUGAAUCAUCGCGAAGUGGAUGACCUGAUUAUCAAGAAGCCAUGUGGACGCACGGCUUCAGAGGACCUGGCUGAAUUCAUGUGCUCAUCACGAUCACUGAGAUCUGUUACGAUCGAUCUUACUCAAGUUACUGGUACUAUGCAUGAUAUUUUCUACUCGGUGCUUGCGAAUAAAGCAGUCGAUUCCAAGAUUGAGACUCUUGACAUUCACUCUGAUGAUCUCAGUGAACGUCCCUCUGCAUCACGUGAUCUCGCUCAAUUCAUCUGUAAGAUGACUCAUCUGAAGAAGCUGACACUCAAGGGUCAGUAUCACGAUGCCUUCUACUCAACAUCGUCAUCGAUGGCAUCAUCUGCAAAGAUUGAGACUCUUGACAUCCGCUCUGAUGAUCUCAAUGACCGUCCUUCAGCAUCACGUGAUCUCGCUCAGUUCAUCUGUAAGAUGACUCAUCUGAAGAAGCUGAAACUCUGCGGUCAGUAUCACGAUGACUUCUACUCAACAUCGUCAUCGAUGGCAUCAUCUGCAAAGAUUGAGACUCUUGACAUCCGCUCUGAUGAUCUCAAUGACCGUCCCUCAGCAUCACGUGAUCUCGCUCAGUUCAUCUGUAAGAUGACUCAUCUGAAGGACCUGAAACUCUGCGGUCAGUAUCACGAUGACCUCUACUCAACAUCGUCAUCGAUGGCAUCAUCUGCAAAGAUUGAGACUCUUGACAUCCGCUCUGAUGAUCUCAAUGACCGUCCCUCAGCAUCACGUGAUCUCGCUCAGUUCAUCUGUAAGAUGACUCAUCUGAAGGACCUGAAACUCUGCGGUCAGUAUCACGAUGACCUCUACUCAACAUCGUCAUCGAUGGCAUCAUCUGCAAAGAUUGAGACUCUUGACAUCCGCUCUGAUGAUCUCAAUGACCGUCCCUCAGCAUCACGUGAUCUCGCUCAGUUCAUCUGUAAGAUGACUCGUCUGAAGGACCUGACACUCUGCGGUCAGUAUCACGAUGACCUCUACUCAACAUCGUCAUCGAUGGCAUCAUCUGCAAAGAUUGAGACUCUUAAGUUUGACUCUGAUGAUCUCGGUAAACGUCCCUCGGCAUCACGUGAUCUCGCUCAGUUCAUCUGUAAGAUGACUCAUCUGAAGGACCUGACACUCGACGGUCGGUAUCACGAUGACUUCUAUUCAACAUCAUCAUCGCAGGCAUCAUCUGCAAAGAUUGAGACUCUUGGGAUCUACUCUGAAGAUCUCAAUAAACGUCCCUCUGCAUCACGCGAUGUCGCUCAGUUCAUCUGUAAGAUGACUCAUCUGAAGGACCUGACAAUCCGCGGUCAGUUUCACGAUGACUUCUACUCAACAUCGUCAUCGAUGGCAUCAUCUGCAAAGGUAUUGAUUUGAUCAAGGGGGAUCCAGGGGGGAGCGGGCCUUGCCUCCCCCCGGCAACAAAUAAAAAAUACAAUAAGCGAGAGAGAGAAGGAAAAGGAGGGGAAGAGGAGA